AUGUCUGUGCAAUUCUUCCGCCUACAGUUUAAAUAUGAUUUCAAGUUCUUGGCUUUUGAGAGACCGGUGAGUGUAAGCUCAAGAUACAACAAUAAAUACUUUGCUCCAAGUAAUGCAGUGGACGGUGACCGGAGUACUGACCUAUUGAAAUGUACACUCACAGGCUUCGAUCAGAAAGAAGCGUGGUUAAGGGUGGACCUCGGCUCAAAGAAAAAUAUCGAAUCGAUAUUAAUUUUGCAUGGAGGUUUGGGUCUUGAUGCAUCUCCAAUUAGCUCUACUAGUUCGGGUGUACUUCCAGACUCUGACGGAACUGGAACUGUUUUUCUCAGGGAUAAUGGAGAGAUUUGUGGGGAGAACCUUGGUACGAGAGACGCAAUGGUUAUCUGUCUGAUAUGGGGAUUUUUACCAGAUUAUCCAUCACACAGAAUAGUGAAUACGUCUUCCAGAAUUAUACUAAAUGACCCCAACUGUAAGGGAGAUGAAGUCAGCAUCAAUGAAUGUCCAAUGGGAGGACAAAACUGUACUUCCGGUGAAUCAGUGUCGGUAAAAUGUAAUAAAGGAAGUACCUUUGCUGGUUUCUCUGUAUAUAUAUCUGAUACAGAAGACUGGAAAUCUGGACAGGUUUGUCAUCAUCAUGAGAUUGAUGUAAUACCAAGCAAUACAAUAUCCUUCCCCUGCAUCUCUUCCGGUCGUUACGUCACUGUACACAACUCAAGGAACUCGACUCAAUUUCCAUCUGUGUCCGAGUUUGCAUAUAUCAAUAUUUGCGAAAUAAAUGUUGCAGGUUGUGAUUUUGGUUUUUAUGGAGGAGAGUGCUCUAGGUGUCCUGAAAAUUGCCUAAAUAAUAACUGUCAUGUUCAGACAGGUGUGUGUUUUGGCUGUGAAGAAGGAUACAAAGGUCCAACAUGUACUACAGAAUGUCCUGCCGGUCAGUACGGACAGAAUUGUUCCCUUGCGUGUGGACGCUGUCGUAACAGAACAUCAUGUAACAAUAUAAACGGGGCUUGUCCAAAUGGAUGUUCCGCCGGCUGGAAGGGAAGAAAAUGUAAUCUAGAAUGUGAAUACGGAUACUUUGGUCCUGAAUGUAACAAUUCAUGCAACAUUCCGAACUGCAAAAACAGUACCUCUUGUGAUGGCAUUACUGGGGAAUGUCUUGUCGGCUGUGUUGAUGGAUGGACAGGAAUAACGUGCAAUGAGUUCAAUGAUAUAGUAGUUUAUAUCAUCGCCGGUUCAUUAUCAUCGGCCCUUAUCGUUAUCUUGGUCGUCGUUAUUUCGGUUACACUCAUCCGGCGAAAGCCUUGCCAUAAAAAAGGGAACAAUUAUGAAACGUCAUUAGAAAAAAGUGAAAAUAGAGUAUAUGAUCAUAUUGUGAAAUUUAGGAUAAGUAAGAAAAAGGAGAAAAGUCAGACACAUUACAUGGAUAUCUCCAUAGGAGAUAUCAUUUCGAGAUCUUAG